AUGGAGACCGACAAUCCACAGCCUCCUCAUUCAAAACCGCGGCCUCCUAUUCCUGCAACAAGUGACCCGCGCAGUCGACCUCGUCCGACUCCACCUCGUCCGGCUCUCAAUAUUCAUCCAAGUCUUCCCCGCCGACCCUGUUUACCCUCCUCACCGGCGAAGACAACAACUCCCGUAUCUGCCGCAGAGAGGACACUGCAAGUGCAGCCAAUUGGAGCGAUUCCCAUCCAGUCGCCUCGUGGCGGCGCGCAAGGAAUGGCAUACAAGAUACAUGGAAUGCAAAUUGAUCUGAGCGGCAUCAUGCCGCAGCUCAAAGAAUUGAUGGACGUACAUGCCGCCAGAGCAUUCAAAUGCGCAGAACUGGCGCAAAUCCACAAAGAAGAUGCUUUUAACCAACGAACAUUGACUCAUGCCCUACGAUCCGAAGCUUUUCCGGCUACAAUCGACUCGCUUCAGGCCAUCUCCGAUGCCCAUCGGAGCGAAAUAAGCAGGAGAACGGAGGAGGUCAAGGUCCAAGAAUUGCGAUCGGCUGAAUUGACCGAUCGGAUUCAAAGACUCCUUUCCCAAACAGUCAUAUUGCCAGAGAGUCAGCCUCCAGCUCGCGUGGAGACAGCAGCCGGGUCUAGUCGUGAAUUGGCGGAGCUGAGAGAACAGGUAAAUCUUUUGAAGGAAUCGAUGGUUCGCAAGGAUGACCUUCCGACGAACCUGACAGCGCUUGAAAAAACCGUCGACUCGCAAUCAAGAGGCCAAACGACAAUGCGAGGAAACAUCAAGAAGCUAGAGGAGUGGAAAGCUUCGAUAGAUCGCGAGUUAAAGCAACUGAAGGAAACCGAAUCAACAAAAGUCGUGGUGCCGGCCCCAAAACCAACCCCACAAGAUCCUUGGAGCACCAAAGGAGAUAUUGUCGCGCUCGAGCAAAAACUCAAUCGAAAAAUCCAAGGCUAUGGUGAAACUUCAAAAGAAGUCAGUGCUCUCAGUGAACGGUUCCUCUCGAUUGAGAAGAAGCUUGAAGUCCUCCGUCACGAACAGGGGCCUGGGCUUCAAGACCGGGUGUCUACCCUAGAGGAGAGAUCGAAAGAAAUACAAGUCAAUUGGAAAGACCUCGAACGCAGCCUGCCGGCCCUGACUGAAUCGGCUGCGAAGGUGGAAAACUACAAUCAAACCAGCGAUACACUGAUAACUGCCGUUCGAUCGCUGGAAACUCGGUAUAACAAUCUCAAUACCGACGAACUAGUGCAGCACAUGGCUCGAGUUAUGCAAGAGAUGUAUCCAACGGCCAAACAGCUGCAUGAACGCAUGCAAUCUGUUGAAUUCUGUCAAAGGGCAACAGACGAAAAGCUCGAGUCUCUGAUGCGGAAAUUGGGUACCUCCAUGGAAACAACCACACGCAUAUUCAACCAGUUGAAAGCACAAAACGCCGACCAACACCACUUCCUUCAAGCCAUGAAGAAGGACCUGGCUGAUCAUCUCGACAGGCUUUCGCGACUAGAAGGCCAAGGCCAAGACCAAGACGUGGGAACUCGAGUCCAAAUCAUGGAAGAAUCCUUGAAUGGUCUGCGACGGCAACCACAGAUGGAAGAGCCCUCGAGGCAGGAGUCGCUCCACAGAGAAGAUAAAGAGAUGCAUGAGAAAAUGUGCACUCUCAAGGACGAAAUGGAGAGCCUAAGAAACCAACUUGUCAAAGCGGCGACUGAGGUGAACUCUCUUUUCGAGACUCAGAUCUCCCAAUCGAAAGCUUUGACAGGCUGCGAGUCGUCAACUGCGACAAACCAGGGAGUGUCUCGAGAACUGGCGCCAAGUAACUCAACCUCCGAGUCUCAAGUCCCUGACAUAUCUGCGCCUGGUCUGUCCAACGGCUGCUCAGACCCGGGAAAUCCCUCUUCACAUAUUCCUCAUGUUCCAUCCCUGAAAAGCACACCACGCGCGCAACGGAGUGCGAAUGGGAUAAGGAAUCCAAAUGGCCGUAGGAUCUCUGCCUCGCCCACGAAGAAUAUGGCUUCGAUGAGUGUUGAAAUUAUCGGUUCUUCUGCAGAGACACCUGCGGCUUCACCAAGGCCAUUUCCUGGACCUAGCAGCAAGAAACGUCGAUGGGACGUCCGAGACUCUGAUGAUGUUACAUAUUCUUCUCCUGCGGGAACUCCAAUUCCGUCGCUGGCGACAUCUUCUGCUUCAGAUGUCAGUGGCCAGAAGCGGAAGAAGAAGAAUCUACCAAGCACGUUGGGCCGGAAUUAG